CAAUCCCACCUGUGGUAGUCUGGGCGGUGUGGUGUGUAGUAGAGUCACUCGUGAGCAGACAUGGCCAUCACUCUCUCGGUCCUCGAGACAGAGAUCGAGAACCGCAUCCAGACAGGGAACCUGUACUCGCUGGCAGAGUGCAAGGGCAUCCUCGCGUCGCUGCUGAAGCAGAUCGCUGAAGAGGCCCAGCGCGACUUUCGCCAGCUGCUGCUGCUCGACGAGCGCCAGCCCAAGCUGCAGCCAGGUGAGGAGCCCAUCUCCACCAUGGCGUCGUCGUCUGCCGCCGCCCUCGCCUCCAUCUUUGACAUCCAGACCGCCAUGGAGUACACCGGCGCAGACGCUCGCCAGCGACUGCACGCCCUCAAGUCGGACGUCCAUCUCUCUAUCCUCAAAAUCAUCCACAUCGCCCAAGAGCAAGCUAAAGAGCGCCUCAAGCUCAUCCACCGCAUGAUCGGCUCCAUCCCGCCCUCGGACGCCUCGCCCGAUGCCGGCAACCGCUCUGCCCGCCGCUCCAAGUCCAACAAGCAGGUCAUGUUCUAACUCCCCUCCCC